AUCUCUGAUUAUGUCGCAAGGUUCAUUUUCUAUUUUACUGCAGAGCCGAUGACAUUAUACUACGUACUUCUUUUCUCCUCUUCGGCCAACUUGCUGUGUCCUGUGAUUCCAAGAGUUCGUCCUUUUUUUUUAUACAUUAUCUUCAAUCAUUUUUCGAGUUUACAAUUUUUUGUUCAUAGACUAUACCUCUCCAGUUUUUAAUUUUAAAUAUAAUAGUUUGUGGGGGCUUCAUUGCAUAGUUAUUUAUUCUCACAGCUACUGCUUUUGGGGUUGACUUGGGCUCAUUCCUCUCCCCUGUAUAUAUAUCUUUAUUAUCAAUGUAUACACACACCUACAUAUUUAUAUAAUCCUCAUUAAUGAUCAUCUUGUUAUCUUAAUUAGGGUUUAGAGAUUAAUAUAAGUUUGUUUCCUGCAAUUAUGAGUUUAAAUUAAGACGACCUCUUGUAAUAGAAGAAGAGAACGAAGCCUCUUUUAUUGUUUUCGUAUUUGUGUACUAUCUUGCCGUUGUUACGUAUGUCCGACCAUCAGAUUUUAGAAUCCAGUUUACUCGACGAUCUCUUCCAUAUCCCUGCAGAAACAAUCGUUGAGGAGUUCCGAGAGAAGGACGACACUUUUCGAGCUCAGUCAGAAAGCAAAGGGAAGGAAGUAGUAAUAGUGUUGCAUGAUGAAGAUGUUCAUGGCUCAUCAAGUGGUGCCGCAAAGAAACAAGAACGUAACGCCAAUGAGCGUCUAAGGAGGAUGAGACUUCAUGCCUCCUACCUCACUCUCGGCACUCUUCUUCCUGAUCAAUCCUCUUCCUCCAAGAAGAAAUGGUGUGCACCGUCUAUAAUGGAUAGGGUGGUCACUUACAUUCCUAAGCUACUUAAUGAAGUUGAAGAGCUAACUAUCAGAAAGAAAAAGCUUGCAGAAGAUAUCGAGAGCGAGAAGUCCCAGAGAUUGGAGCGGCAAGAUCCUCAAACUCGAGCGAUCUCGGUUCUUGAACUGGGGGAAUCAGGUGAUGAGGUUGUUGUACAGAUAAGCAUGAAAAAGGAAAAAGAAGACGAGUUCUCGAACUUGCUUAACGUAAUGGAGAUGCAAGGUUCAAGUAUUUUAAGUGCUUCUACAUCUCUAGUGUGCCGAGAUCAAAGGGUGGUUUGCUACAACUUACAUGUUAAGAUGGAUGAGAAGCCAUGUGAAGGUGAUGACUACAUCACAGUGUUGAAGAACAACAUCACUUCUUCCCUCUCUGACAACACAAAAUGCAAAUGAAAUUAAGUGAGAUGAAGGAUAUGGAAUAGCUUUGAUGACGCAUUUUGCAAUUGGCAUUCCUCUACUUGGUUGUAUCAUGUUUAAUCUGGUGUUUGAAAUCUCACAAUCAUAUUUUGUAGAAGAUUUUUUUUUUGUUAAUCUAUAUAUACUAGAAAUCACUUAUGCUAAUUUGGUAAUUUAACUCAACAAGUGAGAAUGUCGAACUAAGUUCGUUAGUGUUUUUGUGACAUUUU